AUGAGUUUUUCAUGGGAGGUCGCCUCAAGCACGAUAUUCCGACGGGGUCCUUUCCGCUCUGGCUAUGACUGGCUGAGCUCAGAACUAAGUAUUAUCAUACUAGAGCAUAAAAAAGUCAUAGAAAAGGCGGAAGAUGACGACGACAAAGAAGACGCAGAGGAAAUUAUCACCUCAGCCCAGAAACUACUUUCUCUCCUCCGCAAGAUCCUUUUAACCCAAGAAUGCGCGGAGGCCACUGUCCUCUGUCACAACGAUCUUAAUCUUCGGAAUAUACUAGUAGAUCCCGAAGACAAGAUCACAGCUAUUGUAGACUGGGAAUGCGUCUCAGCACUACCGAUCUGGAUGGCUACAAAGAUGCCUAAGUUUUUAGCUGGAGAGAGCCGGGAGGAGGAGCCGAAGCGGGAUUUCUAUGCAGACGAGACACCCUCGGAAGCCGCAGCCCAAGAGAAGGAUAAUGACCCAAAUUUCCUGGAUAACGAGGGUAAGAAUCAACUCUACUGGAUACACAGGAUGGAGUGGGAAGUGGCGCAGCUACGGAAAGUCUACUCGGCAAGAUUAAGCGAGCUCUGGCCGGACUGGCCUUUGGAGGAGAGCUAUAUGAAGGUCGACUUCUUUGAAGCAGUCUUGCAAUGUAGUGCUGGAAUCUUUCUGAAAAAGGUGAACAAGUGGGUUGAUAGCAUGGAAAGGGGGCAUCUCAUACGAUGGGCGGACGCUUAG